AUGUCGAAAAUUGCAGCAAUGACGGGAAUUUUCAACCAUAGACUUCUGUUCGUCGUCCAUAUUGUGGAAGUAAUUUUGAUCAUCACUGCGAUAUCUAUCACAGUCGCGCGGAUAGCUAUCAUGGGCAGAAUCACGUCGAGGGCGGACACAAUGUCCAUAGGCAUGGGCGCAAAAUCGCUUCUCUUCAUAGCUUAUCAACUUCUCACUCAACACGUCGAAUCUCUCAAGAGAUGGGGUAGUUUGAAAGCCAACACCAUCCUGAACUGCCUGGAUAUUGUCUUUUGGGCGGCGGUGGUGUACCUUAUGGCCCAAGCGAACGCUCUAAGCUGUCCCGUGCAGACCUGCGCCUUGUCCAAGCUUGUCGUGGCAUUGGGCGUGAUUUUGAGGUUCGUUGCCAUGUAA